GUGAGUUCUGUGAAUUGUGACCAACCAGACAAGUUCAGAUACUUUGACAGUAAUAAAGCGUUGGGUUUUGCGACAUUUCUGCGUCUAUUCAACGAAUUUUGUUAGUUUCCUUGACGUUUUCCAAUUUUUCACAUUUCUUCAAAUUCACAACUCGCCAUUUCCACGAUGUUGAGAGCCGUUUACGCAGCUAGAAAGACCGGCGGAUCGAAGAUACUUGUCGCCGCUAGAGGCUUGCAUCAUUCUGCUCCUACAAUGGCGGCACAGGUAUUUACCAUGCCUGCCAUGUCUCCCACGAUGAGCGAAGGAGGAAUUGUCAGCUGGAAGUUCAAGCCUGGUGAAGCAUUCAAUUCUGGCGAUGUUCUCUUGGAAGUUGAAACCGACAAGGCUACCAUUGAUGUAGAAGCUGUAGACGAUGGUAAAAUGUGGGAGAUUAUUGUAAAUGACGGUGCCAAGGGUGUAGCUGUAGGUGAACCUAUUGCUUUGCUUGCUGAACCUGAAGAUGACUUGCUGACUUUGGAAAGACCAGUUUUAGAAACCAAGGCUACAAAGCCUGCAGAAACAGCAGAAGCACCAAAGGCAGUCAAAACUGAAGAACCUGUAGCUUCCAAAACUCCUGCUGCUCCUAAAACUUCUGGCUCUACUGAGAUUUUUGCCCAGGCAAAUGUAUCACAGAAGUUAUCACCAGCGGUCGAAUUGUUAUUGCACGAAAACGACAUUUCCGUUGAAGAUGCUUUGGGUUCUAUUCCAGCCUCGGGUCCGAAGGGUAGAUUGUUGAAGGGUGACGUUUUGGCCCAUUUGGGUUCCAUCAGUAAAGACUCUAUUAUCAAAGUUACUGAAUUUAUCAAGUCUAGGGAACACUUGGAUUUGUCCAAUAUUAAGGCCGAAGCUGCUGCUCCUAAGCCUGAAGCAAAAGCCCCUGCUCCAGAACCAGUUAAGCCUAAGAAUGUCUUGACCGUAGAAUUGACUUCAGCUUUGGAUGGAGAUAUCUCCAAGGAAAAGUUUAAAUAUGCAUUUGAAAGAUCAAUCGAGGUCGCCAUUAGACAGACGUACGGCCGCAAGUUCCCACAGUAUGCUACAUCGCCUGUGGGCUCUUCGUUGACAGCCGCCGAUGAUCUCUUCGACGAUUUGCUCACACCUUCUGUAACAAAGUCCAGAUUUGAAGUCUACGGCAUCAACUACAAAUUCUUUGGUCCAAGCUUAGCAGCCCCAUCGAAAGCACAGAGCAUUGCCAGCGAUUUUGAUGAGCUUUUGGGCUUGACGUCGUCAUCUCCAGCUUAUGUAGAAGAAGGCAGUGCUAAGGUCAAUGUCGAAUUCAAGAUCAAGUUUGACGAAAAGUUGAGCGACUCAAAGGAUUUUGUGUCCGUGUUCGAGGACUCACUUCUCUCACAAAUCCCAGCCAAUAAGUUGAAGAUCUCCAACUGA